AUGGAUCCUCUCAGCAUCGUCGCAUCUGUCGUCGGACUCCUCCAGGCGAUUUCUACCACUUAUGCGACCUUCAACACAAUCAGAAACCUCCCUAAAGCGUUCGAGCAUGUCAGAACGUAUCUUCCUCUGGCUCAGAGGAUCCUUAAAGACGUUCGUGCUCAGCUAAAGCAGCGAAAUCUGACCAAGGCAGAACAGCAAUCGAUCACUCGAAUUAUUCGGGAAUGCGAAAUCAAAGCUACCGAACUGAAGCAAAUAUUUGAUGCGCUCGAGAAAAAAUGCAAGCAAGACAAAGAUGCGAGAAGUUGGGACAAGCUUCGCGGAUGGUACCACGAGAUCUUGCGCGGCAUCAAGGGGCAUCGCGUGGAGAGCCUAAUGAACGAUAUCCUGGAGGCCAUGAAGAAGCUUGCUCUAUACCAGCGGUUCAGAUUGGCGACUCAAGAGGACGUUGCGGAAAUCAAAAAGGCUCUUGAGGACAUCUCUCACGUGGAGCCAUCUUUAGAUGAUGCGGCUGUCGAGUCGAAGACUUUGAUUCAGGCCACCCAAAUCGUGAACAUUGGUGGCAUGGUACAGCAGAAUAAUCCAAGCGGAGGCAUGAACACCUUUAAUCCAGUGUACAAUGUCAGCGUUGACACAGUCAAUUUAGGUAAGGCUCCCUGA